CUCUUCCGCUCGGGCAGUUUGAAACCGUCGGUGCCGCCGGCCGGAGCCCGCAGACAAAUAUUCUGACUGAACUGAAAAAUUGGAAACUUAAUUUGAUUCAACAUCACGAGCUUCAAAUGAGACAAGAGAAAGAGAAACAUGCCGCACAUGUGAAACAAUUGCAGAAUGAGAUGGAAAACCUGAAGGAGUUACUUCAUACUUGUGAAAUCUCUGUUAGCAGGAAAGAUGAGGUAAUUACUAACUUGACCCAAGCAUUAGAGAAGCAAAAGGAGCGAGUAGAGUUGAUGAGAACGUUUACGAUGUGGCGGAUUCAGCAUGUUAAAACCAAACAAGAAGAGUAUGCAAAUAGCAUAGCAGACAGACAUUUCCAGAGAGCUUUGAUGAAGAAAGUGUGGGCAGCAUGGCGCUCUGCUAGUGAAGUAAGAUGGAAAGACAAAGUAGCAAGAGCCUGUCAGUUAAGGGCAGAAGAUGUGUGUGUUCAGCUGACCAAUGAUUAUGAAGCCAAAAUUGCAGAGUUAACUGCUACUUUGGAACAGAGGAAAGCUGAGAUUCUGCGACUGCACAGUGAAAGAGAUCACUAUGAAGACACCCUGAAGAAAGCCUUUAUGCGUGGUGUAGGUGCUUUGAAUCUGGAAGCAAUGUCCAUGUUUCAAAGCAAGGACAGUAGGCCAGAUCCUGCUAAGAAUGAAAAAAACCCAAACACCACUACCACACGGUGUCACUCUAGUCCCUGGAAUGAGCAAAUUUCUCUCAUCCUGGAACUCCUGCUGGCAUCAGCUGCUUCAGAAAUAGAUGCAGGAAGCAGGAGAAAUGAUAAUGCUCCCACUGAUGCAGGAAGGCCACCUCCUUCACAGUAUAAUCCGCCCUCACCACCACCUCCACCAGCAGCUUCUCUUCAGAUGGAAGGCAUGUUUUCUAGCCACCUGGCUCAUGGAAGCACUCCUGAGACCAGGCUAGAUGCUGAUUCUCCAGGAAUCAUCAGUAGCACAGCAGGAUCUGGUGUGACAUCAACUCAAAAACUGAAAGGAUUUCCACAGUGGCAGAAGUACCUUCAGCUGUCACUCAAGCAUGCAGUUGCCCAUGGCAAAAGUAAUAACAUCUGCACAACAGAAAGCAGGAAGAACAAUCACUGCUUGAAUCACAGGCCAAGCUGAUAUGGGACAAAGAUCCAGAGCUUCUGGGAGUUUAGCAGUGAUGGGAGUUGCUCCACCCAUGAGUUCAGUCAUUGUUGAGAAACAUCAUCCGGUCACUCAGCAAACCAUAUCACAAGCCACUGCUGCUAAAUAUCCUCUAACUGUGCUGCGUUCUUCUGGCUCUACCACUUCGAGACCUGCAGGACAAGCUGGGCGAGUGCUUCAGGGCCAAACCCAUGCCAGUGUUUAGUCAAUAAAAGUUGUUGACUGAUUGACUGUCUUUCUCA